GGAGCCGGGCGGGGGCGGAGCCGAGCCGAGCCAAGCCGACCCGGGCCGGGCCGGGCCGGGCCGAGCAGAGCCGAGCCCGCCAUGGCCAUCGCGCACAUCGCCACCGAGUACGUCUUCUCCGACUUCUUGCUGAAGGAGCCGCCGGAGACGCGCUACAAGGGGCUGCGGCUGGAGCUGGCGCUGGACAAGAUCGUCACCUGCAUCGCCGUGGGGCUGCCGCUGCUCCUCAUCUCCCUCGCCUUCGCCCAGGAGGUCUCCAUCGGUGCUCAGAUAAGCUGUUUUGCACCCAGCUCCUUCUCCUGGCGACAAGCUGCUUACGUGGACUCCUACUGCUGGGCAGCUGUGCAGCAGAAGCAACCAUCCCAGAACAAUUUAGAAAACAUUCCCCUGUGGCUGCAUAAAUUCUUUCCAUACAUCCUUCUGCUCGUCGCUAUCCUGCUGUAUCUACCAUGUUUGUUUUGGCGCUUCACCGCAGGACCUCAUCUUUCUUCAGACCUGAAAUUUAUUAUGGAAGAACUUGACAAAGCCUAUAACAGGGCAAUCAAAGCUGCUAAUAGCAUCCGCAGCGGAGACCCCAAGGACCCUACUGACUUAGUUGCUGCUGUUAAUGAGAACUUGACACAGAGUUUGUGGGAAAUAUCUGAAAGCCACUUUAAAUACCCAAUUGUGGAGCAGUACCUGAAGACAAAGAAGAAUUCCAAAUGCUUAAUAAUUAAAUACAUUAUCUGCCGUUUACUCACGCUAGUAAUUAUUUUCAUUGCAUGCCUCUACCUGGGCUACUACAUUAGCCUCUCCUCUUUGAGUGAUGAGUUUCUUUGCACUAUCAAAACUGGGAUCUUAAAGAAUGACACAACUGUUCCAGAAGUGGUUCAGUGCAAGCUUAUUGCUGUUGGUGUCUUCAAGGUACUCAGCUAUAUUAACCUGAUAAUGUAUCUUCUAGUGAUGCCGCUGGUAGUGUAUGCAAUGUUUGUUCCGUGGAGGUGGAAUUCGGGUAUUCUCAGAGUGUAUGAAAUCCUGCCAACUUUUGAUGUUCUGAAACUUAAGUCGAAGUGUUUUGAUGACUUAAGCCUUUACCUCCUCUUUCUUGAGGAAAAUGUAAGUGAACUUAAAUCAUUUAAAUGCCUCAAAGUGCUGGAGAACAUUGCAGUUUCUGGGAAGUUUGAUGUCAUGCAACUUUUGGUAAACUUUGGUACUACUAAGGCAGAUACCAUAGAUGGGAAGAGAGGGACAGCUGUGUUGGAGAAGCCUGAAGAAACAACUACAGAAGAGCUGGAAAAAAAUGCAACAGAGCUACAAGUUUUGACAGACCACGAUGCAAGUGGCAACGUGAGUCCGAGAGAAGAUAAAAAACUUCGCCAAAGACUUAUAGAUUCUUCGUGCUGAUGCUUCCCCGCCGCAGCAGGCAGGAGCUUUGUGCUGCAGGAGGGCUUCUCCUCCGCCCUCGCUGCACUCAACACAAGGUGCUGCUCAUUGAAUGCAACCGUCUCGAUAGCCUGACAAUUCCUCAGAGGCCAAACUGGUUUACAGACUACUUGUUGUAUAAUAGUCACCAAGCACGUACCUGAAAAAGCAUGUUGUAGGCUUCCAUUAUUUAUUAAAAAACCAAAAAACAAACCACACAAGGAACAAGAACAAAAAAUUUCUUAUCAUGAGUAACAAGUGACAUGCACUGAAUGCAAUCAAAGCUGGCAGCAGGGAAGAGCUAGCACUAUACAGGAAUGGGAAACAUAACCCUGUAGGUAACAAAAAGAGAGGGCCACGUUGCAUUCUGAAGUGUUGCUCUGCCCAGAGCAGCCAUCUCCAUUCUGGGGUUUGAGGCAUCUUGGGGCUCGCUGCCCUGGAAAGGGGGGGAGGGUUGUUUUUUUAUUUUAAUGAGUCUGGUUAAUCUGUACCAGGCAGUGGCUGGCCACUGAUACUGGCUGUGCCUUCACAGGAAAAAUAGAGGUUGCUCUGUUCAGCCUGAGAUGUCUUGGUUAGCCAUCUCAACAUUGAUGUCUGGGAUUAAUUACUUGGCACUGAUGGAAAAGAAACUACAAACAGGCUUAGUAUGAGGGGGUACUGUAAAUGUUAGGGAUUUUGAAUUUUCUAUGUAUUCAUAAGUUAAUAAUGUCUUAACACUUUUUUUUUUUUUUUUUUUACAAAAUGUAAUGAUAUGUAAGCUAAAUGUUAGUUUAAUUUCUAUUUCUUAGUUGUUUUGGUCUUAGUGACUAACUAAUCUGCCUUGGAGUUUGGACUGAAGAUCAGUGAAUUUGGUCUCAUUUUUUGUAAUGGUUUGUAGAAGUUGUUCUGUAAUGUUUGUAUAUGUGAAAUUUGUUCCAAGGUGUUCAUAGUAUCAAACACAAUAUUAGUUGUGCUGUUUUCCAAAUCCCACUUGAGAAGAUGGUCUUAUUUGUAUUACAGUAGCACCUGAGUGCCUCAGCAGAGCCAAGCACCCGAUAGGCAAAGUGAGGUGGAUUGGAACAGACAAAAGAAGGGAGAGCAUCUGUAAGUUUGAAAACUGUCCUGGUUUGUUAUUGGACUGUUUUGGGAGAGUAGCAUUCAGCUUUAGCGUUGUGCCCCUGCCCAGGACCUCUACCUUCAAUGAACAUUAAAAUGAUCUCUGUCUUGAAUUUUAGAUACAAGGUGAGGUGGGUUUAAGCACCACAAUGGCAGUGUGUAUCUGUCACAAACGUUAUAUGCUCACUUGUUUUUCCAUAUUGUCCAUGUAACGGAAAUGUUUUGCCUGUCACCUCUUCCGAGUUGUCUUUUUAGACAAAGUAGAACCUCUUUUAUAGCUUGGUAGGACUUCCAUUUUCCCGUUGGUCUAUGUCACCUGCCAUUGUGUUCUCAACUGUUAGCAUUCUCCAUUUGGCUGAGGAUGAGGGGGAAAAAGAAGUAAUUGGUGUUACCAUCUUUGCACAGAACUGUUUAUGUGCUGCAGCAGAUUUCAAAGAGGUAGUGCACCUACUUGAAUUUGGCAGCUGUUGUUAAACAAGUGGAUCCCAAAGUGCUGCCAUGCUAUACUUCAGGCUAGUAUUACAAGAACUCUUCAGUUAUUAUAUGGCUUUCAGCUAAGACAAGCCUUACUUAAAAGAAAGUCUUUAAAGCCAUAGUAUUAUGCUACCUCUGCAGAGGACAGUAGCACAGCUGCAGUCCUAAUGUCUGUUGCAUUACCAGCAAGAAACAGGGCUUGCGUUGGAUACUGGUGGUCCAAACUGCUCAGUUUGACUGCCAUACUUCUCCCAGCAAACUUACAAUCCCUCUGACCCUUUCUAGAUUUUUUUCUGUCUGGCUGUGCUGGUGUGUUGCUGAUGGUCCUUUACAUAUGGGUAAUGCAGACGCAUAUUGUGAAUUGUGUGUUUUGAAUGAGGAGCUAUAGUGCAAUACUAAGAUUUUGUGAUGUGGAUCUGUGUUUGAACUGUUUGAUGUAAGUAGAAUUCUCAGUCUUUAAAACUCGAAGCUCCUGAAAGCAACGUGUUCAUGUUUCAUGUUGGAUAUGAACCUCUUUUCACUAAUUUCCCUUUUGUAUUUUAAAAUACGACUUGCUGCAGUGAAUCUCUUGUUGUCUUCUAAAGUGCUCAAUAAAAUGUGUAUCAAUUCUUGGUUAUUUAAAUAAAAUCAGUUUUGUGAACUA